AUGGCGACGAGCUUUUCGGAGGCAACAUUAUACACAGCUCCAGCCCCCGGCCGUGAUGUAGUUUUGCUACGAAACCCUUCUGAUAGAGGCACCCCGGUGACAGCCUCAACUAAAUGCGAGACGGGAACAGCAAUCACGGAUUCCGCCUCUGUAUUCAUCAGUUUCAAUACCACCUCUACCUGUGCUGAAUCAACCGAAUGGAGGUUUGAAGAGAACGGAGGUUUCAUGACAAUUGGUGAAGGUAAGACCAAAACUGAAUUCAGGAUUAUCAACAAGGGAUGGAGAUUUGGUAACGGCUACAAGCUUUUAGCCAUGUUCUUUUCUGAUUUUGGAUUUGGAACGGGUUAUGUUGGGGUUGACUACAGCGAUUAA